AUGUUGGUGCAUGACCUGGUGUCAGCCCUGGAGCUGACCUCAGAGCAGACCAAGCUAGAGGAGCUCUGGGAGGAGAUGAUUCUGAGCCCUUCUGCAGCAGCGCAGGCAGAUCCGCCGACGUCGGGAUGGAAACGCAUCUGUGACUCUUCCCUCCACCCCAUGGAGCACGGCCGCUGGCUCAGCGAGGCCUCCGAGUCCAGCCUAGAUGAAGCAGCCAAAGACUGCCGGGAGAAUGCUGAUCCGGCCCCCUCCGCCGCCACCGCCAACUACAGUGACUCAGACGACAUGAUGGUGGCCAAGUGCUGGCCCUCCUGUUCCAGCAACAGCAAGGCCAUCAAAACCAAGCAGCACUCAUGGCCUGAGUCGGACACCUUCACAGCGAACACCCCAGGACGGCCAUUUAGGAGAAGGCGGAAGGUCAAACGCAUGACCUCAGACGUGACGGUCAGCCUGCAGCAGAAGUUGACGGUGUCAUGAUAUAGCAAGUCGGGUGGGAACCACAGGUCGUCCAAAAAGCAGCAUCUGUCCAGGCUGAAGAAGGGGGCUGGAGGCUGGGUGGGAGUGGGAGUGGACAGGGAGGCUGAUGGAGUGGGCCUCAGGGUAGAGGAGUGCUGGACGGAUAAGAUCCCACUGGUCCGAGAGGCCAAGGAGCAAUGA